AUGGGAUCUAGAAUAAAAGUUAUGCCAAAUUUAGAUACUCCAGGUCCUGGAAAAUACCAUCCUAUAAUUCCGUUUAGAUCAAGCCCAAAAGCAGUGAUGUCAGGCUCAAAAGACUCCUUCUAUAAAAUAGCCGAUUCUCCAGGACCUGGAAGAUAUAAUCAAUUAUCUUAUACCACUCAUGGAUUUAAGUUUCCACAAGAAAAGCGAAUAAUAUUAAAUUUCAAAGACUCCCCAAGCCCAGCCAAACACAAUCAAGAGGCCAAGCUUUUUGCUCCUGCUUGUUACAUUCCAAAAGUAGAAAGAAAAUAAAAAAUAAACUAUCAUGUAACUGGACCUGGAAGUUACAAUAUCCCUUCGCUUUUACGUUCAGAUAUAGGUUUCAAAAUACCAAAAGGUUAACGGAAAAAUAAAAAAGAAAUUUUUCCUGGUCCUGGCGAAUACAGUUUUUAGGAAAGCAAAACUAAAGGUAUUAAAAUUGGAACCAGUCCAAGAAUGGAAAAAUCUAUGCUCUUAGGACCGGGACCAUAAGAUUAUUCUCCUAGAAUUGCAACUGACACUUCACCAAGAGCUGUUUUUGGUACGGCAUCAAGGGGAAACAGCAAAAAGGAGAAAUCUCCUGGCCCAGCUGAUUAUGAACUACCUCAAAGCAGAAGUGUGAGCUUUUCAUUUCCUAAAUAAAUUGUGCAUUAACACUCAAAACCUUCUACUCCUCUAAGUUAUAUCAAUGAUUACACUAGUCUUAGAAAGACCUCUGUUUCUUUUGGGAAGGCGUAGAAAAGAAUUCCAAAAAAAGCUGAAAUCAUUCCUGUAUGA